GAAAUUUCAGAAUCGACACUACCCCAGCUCAAAUUUUUCCCGUACUAAUACGAUUCAUUUUGCUCGGGUUAAGCGACGGGGACACCGGUUUUCUUUCAGAUAUUUUUCUUUACAAACGAAAUUAAAAACAUUUGAAAAAUGUACAUAGUAUAGCAUACGUGUUCUACUUAGUUCAGUUGUAAAGUACCUAAUGAAUACAACGGUUUUCUUAUACAUUUCCAGACUUAUACCGUUAAUCGUGACUGGCGACGACUUCCAGGGACUUCAACAAAACGGAAACAUGGCAAAUAAUUCCAUCAUAAUGACUACCCCUGUGUACUCACUAAAAGAAAUCAAUCAAUUUACGAAUACAAAACGCACUUUGAGCGAUUUGAAUUCUAAUUUAAACUCGAAAAGAAAUAGAGAAAUAACUAACAGCCUUGCUGUGCCACCAGUAAAUACCUUGACUAGUGAUUUUAUUACACAAUCUCCCAUUCACACAAUUACAAAUGAUCACGCCCUUAAUACAUCCACUAAACACGCAAAAAUCAAGGAUAGAUAUACAAAAAACCAUAACACUUUAAAUAAUUUGAACACCAAUUUGAAAUCGCAAAUAUUUACAAAAUACGAAAAAGAAGACAUGCCAAAAAAAGUGUCAGGCGCUGAAAUAACUUUCAAUUUCUUUAUAAACAAUGCAAGAAAAAUAAUUAAGUAUAACACUACUGUGCAAGCCCAAAACGCAAGUGUCUAUGAAAUGACGAAUACGAAAAACGUGACUGCGCUCAGAAACUUCACAUACACAAAAACACGUGAAGAAAAUCCAAAAAAACUUUAUAAGAAUGUUGCAGACUUUGAAGGAGACAUUUAUAAGAAUGAAUUUGGAAAAGCGAAGAACUCUACAAUAAUAAGUAAUAAUUCAGAACGUAGUAAUAACACAAGGAAGUUUCGCGCUAAAAAUAAUUUGAUAGAUGGAAUAAGAAAUUACCUUAAUUAUAUGUUUACUAACAUUACACUUAAUGGUACGAACAAAGGCCAGCAAAACAAAACACUGUAUAAUACGACGAGAAUAAAAGAUAGAUUGAAUGUAUUAUCGAUUCUGAUGAGACUGGGCAAUAUAGAGAGCCCAUUAAAGCUGCCUUCAACUGCGGUGCGCCGCUUAUACGAAAAUAUCGACUUGGUUAAAGGGAAUCUCCUGCGUUAUGACAUGGGGAGUGAUGCUUUAGAAAAACUUUCAAAACUUUAUUUGCCAAAAUUGAGUUCCUUAGAAAAAUUACUCGAGAAUGAGACAUUUCCGCUACCACCAGAGUACGAUCCGAAAAAUGAGUCAACUCCGUACAUCGGAACCAACACGGCAACUAAUUGGAACUGCCGGGUCGAUUGCCCCAAGUUUUAUUACGAUUACGGCCCAGUGUGUGCUGCAAGACUGAAUACCCGUUACACCGUGUGGCAGUACAGAUACAAGUCUUUCUCGUCGUACUGCGAGUUGCUGUUGGCGAACUGCAUGUAUCCUUACCACAAACCGGCCUGGUGGAUCCUGCACCAAAAAGCGUGUGAUUUUAGUAUGAUGCCAAGCGAGCCUACUGGUGAAGUUGGCAUCAGUGGGAGAACAAUGUACGAGGACUGGACCGCGCGGCCGACACUACCGGUGUUGUGGCCAGACGCGCUCGCGUCAAGAGCUGCUGAUUACGCUAACUUUACCAAUGACGGUACAAGAUGGCUUGUGGAUGAACAGUCGCCAUACUUCUCUGGAAACUAUUAACUGCCCAAGUUGAUCAGCCCCCAGCAGCAAAUUUCGCAUGUCCACUCUCAUAGUCAUGGUCUUCUUCUUAUCGUAUCCAUGACAUUACACUAUGUUUGCCAUCGUGGUGGAGGGAUUUGCCAAUUGGUGUGAGGUACGCGCCAAUUGUUGUCCACGGUGCGCAGGCAACAGACGUGCAGGAAAGUUGUGCAGAGAGGCUCCUUUCGUGCACCUCACUCUUAUUAUAUUCUAUUAAAUAAAACGUAAUUCGCUUGUCAUGCUUUAAUUCUUCAGUCAAAGUACAAAGGGAAAAGACCCGAUACCUACAAAAGAUUCCGCGCUUAUUUAAACAAAUGUCUAUUUUGGCAGUAUCGGCUAUGACCAACAAUAAUACCAAAAGAUGACAACAGAUGGCAGAUUACAAAAAGCCUAUAAUUACGACACAGUCUAUGGCAUUAAGAAAUAUUAAUUGGCAACACCGAUUUAUAUAGCGUUGUCAAUUUGUGGGAAAUUUCAACGAAUUUCAACCAUAUUUUGUGGGAAUUGGCGCUAUGUGGGGAAAAUGUGGGGAUUUUAACAUUUUAUCGUUUUGUUUAACCUCCUACCUACAUUUGUACUCCGAGGAGUACAUAGA